AUGUCUCUUCCACUUCGAGCUCUCGGCCGCAAUGGUCCUCAGGUCAACGCUGUUGGACUCGGCCUCAUGAGCAUUGGUGGUAUUUACGGCGCUGCUAGUUCUACUGAAGAAGGUGUUGCCUUUCUGGAACACGCACAUGCUACCGGCCAACGCUUCUGGGACACAGCAGAUCUAUAUCGAACCAGUGAGGAUAUUGUGGGUGAAUGGAUCAAACGCACCGGAAAGCGCAAUGAUAUUUUCCUCGCCACCAAGUUCGCCUGCGAGUUCUCAGACGGCUCGCUGAAGGUUCGCUCGGAUCCCGAGUAUGUCAAGGUAGCUUGUGAGAGAUCCUUGAAGAAGCUGAAUGUCGAGACUAUCGAUUUGUAUUAUUGUCACCGAGUUGAUGGAGUGACCCCUAUUGAGAAGACCGUUGAGGCAAUGGUUGAAUUGAAGAACCAAGGGAAGAUUCGAUAUAUCGGUCUCUCCGAGGUUUCGGCAGCCACGCUCCGUCGGGCUCACGCUGUCCACCCUAUCACCGCUCUCCAGGUCGAAUACAGCCCGUUUGCCCUAGAUAUCGAGUCACCUAACUCUGAUGUCUUGGAUACCUGCCGCGAGUUGGGCAUUUCUGUGGUCGCCUACAGUCCCAUCGGCCGUGGUAUUCUUACUGGUCAGAUCAAGUCCACCGCCGACUUCGCCGCGGAUGACUUCCGUCGUUUCCUCCCCAAGUACGCGGAGGAGAACUUCCCCAAAAUCUUGCAGCUUGUGGAGGGACUGAAAGAUGUAGCCAAGGAUCACAACAGCACCCCUACUCAGAUCGCCAUUGCGACGACUGCGCGGAUGGAUGAAAAUACCGCAUCGGCGCAAAUUCAACUGACUAGCGAGGAGGAGCGCAAGAUCCGGGAUUUGAUCAAGGAGACAGAGGUCACUGGCAGUCGGUAUCAUGAAUCGAUGAUGAGCAGCAUCUUGGCGGAUACGCCGCCGCUGUAA